AUGGUUGAUGAUUGUCUUGCAAGAGGACUUUCAUCAUGCCUUGCCUUGAGAUUGAGUGGAAAUGAGACAGAUCGACUGGCGUUGCUUGAAAUCAAGGCGAGGAUAACCAAUGACCCUGUUGAAGCCUUGACUUCAUGGAAUGAAACCAACCAUUUUUGCAAUUGGCGUGGUGUCACGUGUGGUCGUCAUCACAAGAGGGUUACAGUGUUCAACCUGGAGUGCUUCAAACUUUCAGGAUCUCUGUCACCACAUGUUGGGAAUUUGAGUUUUUUGAGAGUACUUUCUCUCACCAACAAUAACUUCAGGCACAAAAUUCCUCCAGAAAUUGGCCGUUUCCCAAGAAUGCAAGAUAUAGUUUGUGAGAAUAAUUCACUGACCGGUGAAAUUCCCUCAAACUUAUCGCGUUGCUCCCAACUCUCCAUAAUUGCUUUUGGUGGGAAUUUUCUGGUAGGAAAACUUCCCGAGGAGCUUGGCACUUUUGUCAAAGUUAAGAAUAAUUUCAAAUACAAUAAAGUAUCAGGAAGAAUCCCCCAUGGGAUUGGAAAUCUGGCUAACCUGGAGAGCAUUUGUUUUGCCAAGAACCAAUUUUCAGAAAGCAUCCCACCCGACGUUGGAAAGCUUCGGAGAAAACAUUUGACUGGUUUACUUCCCAAAAGUCUUCUCAAAGCUACUGAUGGAUUUUCCUCUGUCAACUUGAUUGGUAUGGGCAGUUUUGGAUCUGUUUAUGAAGGAGUUCUUGAGCAAGGUGAAACAACAAUUGCUGUCAAAGUACUCAACCUCGUCCGUCUCCGAGCUUACAAAAGUUUUAUUUCUAAGUGUGAGGCUUUGAGAAAUAUUAGACACCGUAAUCUUAUCAAGAUACUCUCAGCAUGUUCUGGUUUCGAUUAUCACCGUCACAAUUUCAAGGCCUUAAUUUAUGAGUUCAUGGUUAAUGGGAGCUUUGAGGAAUGGUUGCAUCCAACUCUACAAUUGGUAAGCCAAAUGAGAGGCCAAGGAGCUUUAACAUUUUCUGAGAGGUUGAAUAUUGUUAAUGAUGUUGCCCUGGCGUUGGAUUAUCUCCAUCAUCAUUGUGAGACACGAAUAGUUCAUUACAACCUCAAACCCAGCAAUAUGCUUCUCAAUGAGGACAUGAUUCAGAUAGCAUUGCACAAUCACAGUAAUAACAAUUUUCAAAUAGCAUUACAUCUAUCAAUUACUUUGCCCAGUUAUUCCAAAAAUGGAUAA